ACUUGUUGCCUCCGUUCCAGCACAGUGCUCCACAACACGCGACACACGCAAAAUGGUUCGAGCAACUCUUCUGCUGGCGAGCUGCGUGCUCCUCGCCCUCCUCCUGGUGGUACCAACUCUUUCCUACCCCAGGUAUGUGAAUAACUACUAUCGCGAAGAAGGCCCGUACGAACCCGAAGAGAUAAUGGAUAUGCUGAACCGCCUCGGCAAUCUCAUCCAGAUGGAACGCAAAAUGGAAAACUAUAAAGACGACAUUACUAGUGAGAAACGUGCCCUGGAUCUUGGACUCAGCCGCGGAUACUCUGGAGCUCUUCAGGCCAAACACCUCAUGGGACUUGCUGCUGCCAACUACGCCGGAGGUCCCGGCAGGAGGCGGCGAGAUGCCCACUAAAACCUCUAGACUACUUCAGAACAAAAUCCGUCGUCUAUACUGUGGCUGGCUUACAAUAAUCAUGCUUAAGCUUAUUAAAUUAAAAAGUAAUUAUCAGAAUUGCAGAUUUCUAAUCUCUACGAAUCUAGUCUACUGUUAUCCAUUGUUAGUUUUGUUAAAUUAUGUAUUUUGAAAUACUUUGUCUUUUAUAUUAAUUCAAAAAAUAUUUAUUUUCAUUUCUUCUGUUCAUUUAUCAUUGUAAUUUUAUUUUUCAAUAAUACAAGUCUGAUUUUGUACCUAUUGAAAUACAAUCGAUUCUAGUCAUUUUAAACUGUAUUACAUUUAAUUUUACGUCUAUUUUAAUUAUCAGUAUUACUUAACAGUAUUAAUAUUCACAUUAAAAAUAGUUCCUUCAUCGUAGUUAAAAGUAUUGAAGCGCUUAAUUGUAAAUUAAAUAUUUAAAGUUAUUAAGAAAUCCUAACUGUCUAUAAAUUACGGAUGUCUUAUAGAUCAAUGUUACCAUUUCAAUUUAUAUGCGUGGCGAUUCUAUUUAGUGAAUAGCGAAUGUAAGGAAUACCUCCUGUCUAGAGUUUAUUGUUAAAAAUAAAGAGAUAUUCAUAUUUA